AGUUCUAUAAUCAAAUUGAAAUUAUCAAACUUAUCCUACUUUCUACCACAUUGCAUUUUGAUUUUUGAAUGGAUUGAUAUAAAGUUCUUUUUACAACAUUUUUUCACUAAUUUGCCAAAUUUUAUGUAAUUACGGUCCUGCCGAUAUCAGCCGUCACAUUACUUUUAACCAUUUGUCGUUAGUCGUUGUCAACUCGAAAACUCGUGGAAGCAAAGUUCAAGCUAGUAAAAGAACGAAGAAGAAAAAGAUUGUUGCUAAUAUCGUAGUUUACAAAAAUAAAUACAUAAUAGUACACAUUACUUAGCGAAUUAAUACAUACAGCUUUACAAUAACAAUGUUUGGAUGUUAUAACUAAAUUAUUAGAAUCAACUUAUAUUCAUAAUGGGUACGCUAUCUUUGAAGUGCCCUUUAUGUUGUGGGGAACAUUUUUCAUCUCGUCAGUUGUUAAGGGACCAUAUUCUCGAAGUAAUAAACAACCCAGCAUGUUCAAUCUGUAAUUCAGGAUUCAAUAAUAUAAAUGAAUUAGCUAAUCAUUUAGAAACAGAAUGUGAUGCUCAAUUGACAAAUUUGGAUGGGAGAAAUGAAAAUCAAGAUAAUGAUGGAAUUGAGAAAGAAACUGAAGGAUCAGUUGUUCAUUCUGAUAAAGAAAUUCAUGAAGUUACUGAAACAGAACAAGGUAAAACCGAUUCAGAGAACUGUACAACUGAAGAUGCUGUAAAUUUUGACACCCAAGGUGAUAAUGGUCAAGUUACAUACAUGUGUAUAAUGUGUAAUGUACAGUUUACUUCUAUUGAAGAGCAUUUAGCUAAAUAUCAUGAUGGGGAAGAAGUGAUGUUGGAAACUGAGGAGUUUGAUCCCGAAGGUGAACAAGAGUUGGAAGUAGACCAGUCCAUAAAAGUUGAACAAGAAAACAAUUUUGAAUUAUCACAAAAUUCUGCUGAUGAAAAUGAACAAUAUAUUAUUGAAGAUGACAAUGAUGACCAAGAUGAAGAACCGAGAGAUCCAACUUGGGAAAUGCAGAAUCACAACCUUGCUCCUUUUACAGAAAAUUAUCAAAUAGAAAAUGGAAACCUUAGAAAAAUAACUGAAGAAGAGGCUGCUGAAAUCAGUGAUCAUAAUUCAAUAAUUCAAAUUCAUCAAUGUCCUAAAUGUUAUUUACAAUUUCCCAAAUUUGACCAUUAUAUCAAACACAAUUGUAUCCCUGGUAAAAUGCGAAAAAGGCAUAAAUGUGUUUAUUGUUCUGCAGUGUUUGAGAGUCAAGAGUCUCUUAACACCCAUUUAAAUUUUCACAUAAAUCCAACUUCAGAUGCUACACCAAGUAAGGUCAUCACUCUAGCUCCACACCUUUGUGACAUUUGCAAUACUAUGUUUCCUUCAUUCAAAAGUCUCCGAUUGCACAAAAGAAUGCAUGAACCCAUGAAACGUAAAGAAAUCACACCAGGAUCUGGUGAUCCUGAUGGACGACCUAUGUUCACUUGUAAUAUAUGCGGAGAAACUUAUGGCCUUGAAUUUAAAAAAAUUCAUAUGGAGUCCCAUUCUGAUAAGGACAAUUUUUUUUGUACUACCUGUAAUCGACAAUUUGAUUCACAAGAAAAUCUUGAAAUGCACAUGAAAGCUCAUAAUAAUUCAAAAAAAUUUCUAUGUUCUUACUGUAAAAAAGCUUUCACCACCUAUGGUGCUUUACAUGACCAUGUGAGUAAUCAGUGCCAAAACAGGCAUUAUGAAUGUCAAUAUUGUGGAAGACGGUUUUCCCGACCUCAUGAGAAAGUUAAACAUGAAAGAAUUCACACUGGCGAAAAACCACACGUUUGCCAAAUUUGUGGAAAAGCAUUUAGGGUAAGUUACUGUCUUACUCUACAUAUGAGGACUCAUUCGGGUACAAGACCAUACGAAUGUCCUCACUGUAAUAAACGCUUCAAAUCCCACAGUGUGUACAACCAUCAUUUACUUAUACAUUCAGAUGUAAGAGCAUAUAAAUGUUCUUAUUGUCCAAAAACUUUCAAAACAAGUGUACAAUUGGCUGGUCAUAAAAACAGUCACAUUAAACCUUUCAGUUGUACAGAAUGCAACCGACCUUUUGCUUCUCUGUAUGCUGUUAGAGCACAUAUGGAAACCCACAAGAGAGAAAACAAUUUAAAAUUUGAUUGUUGGCUGUGUGGAGCUACUUAUGCCAGGGCAUUUGCACUUAAAGAUCAUAUGAAAACACAACAUUCUGGAGAAGAAGUUUUAGUUGAAAUAGAAACUGAAGAUACCGACGAAAACAAUUUAUUAAAAGAAGAAGAAAGCGCCACGGAAGAAAUAUUAAAAUAAAGUAUAAAAUCUAUUGUGUAUAGUUUAAUCUUAGAUACUUCUCUAUCGUUUUUAUUAAUUGAUUAAAAUACAGUAUAUACAUAU